CACGAUGGCCCCGUGAGCAUCGAUUCCACCGCCACACCGCAACCCCGCCGCCCCACCGCCAUCUUUGCCUCGUCCCACCCCGCCGGCCACGGGCUCGCUGUCAAUUAGGCUCGUGAGCAACGCCCAGCUGCGACACGUCGUGUGCCUUUCCGCGCUCCCACGGGGUCGAUCCCAGCACAGCUGCGACGCUCACUCGUGCGUGCUGAGGCCAGCCUCGGGGCAGCGAGGAGCGCAAUGUCGCCGCAGGAGCAGGGCUCGAUCAACGACGACAAUGGCUUCGCAACAACCAACAGCGAUCAACCUGCCAUCCUCGAACAGCCGCCCAACACGCAGCGACCCACCGCCCUCCACGUCCCCAAGAACCGGGCCACCGUUUCCAAGAGCAGUUCCACCGCCAGCCUGCACGUCGACAAUUCCGAGGCCCUGAAGAGGCUAUCAAUCGAGGGCACUGUUGCGGAUGCCUACGACACGAGGUCACCCAUACUCGGUUCGGAGCGCGACACGGGCUUGAGGAGGAUACGGCAGAACCCUCAAUCGAUCAGUAGAGUUCCUUCGUCGCCCAACUUGGCUCCGCACUCGCCAGUCCUACCAAGUCCUGCUGCCUCCCGAAAGUCGUCCUUCGCUGCAGACAAGUUUGGACCAACAUCACCGACCAUAGCUUUCGGCGAAGACCUUACCCGAUUUCCCUCGGAGUCACUCCAUUCCUUCUCCUUUGCUCACCAGAGCACUGAAUCAUUACACAAUCGACAGAAUGUGCUAAAACGCAGCAUUGAUUUCAUGCGCGAGAAGCUUGCGUGGGCUUCAACGUCACCUCGGAUAGCGAGUGCACAAGCUCGAUUAGCAGGCGACGAGGAGCUUCUCAGCAUGAUGGAGCUAUUGCAGAGAGCGAAUGCCAUCACUUCGACAUCGCUCAAUGCCUCAAAUCUUGGCAUCGAUACUGGGCCACUCACCGGCCCCGCGCAUCUGGUCAAUGAGAAUGUGUUUGAGAAGAGCUUCUUCGCUCCCGAAAAUGAAACAGAAAGUCCCACGAGCAUGACUAGCAGCCCGGUGGCAGUACGGGACGAUUCAGCCGUGACAGUUCCGCACCAUGAACUGGUCCCCGUAAAAGAAAGUGAAGAAAGCCCCGAGCAACUCAAUCUGCUGCGGACUUCCACAGCAGACGACGAGGACUUCAUGCCCAGUCUGCCCUCGCGACGUCCACACAAACCGUCUCUGAAACGUACGUAUACAGAUACCGCCGGCUACUCACUGCAACACAAACUGAGCGAGGCCAUGGCACGACCAUAUCGUGCUCCAGAAGCACGUGCGCCUAUUGUCACACAAACACCGAUACGAUCUAGCACGACAGUCACAGAACGUGCCCCUCAUGGGCACAGAAACGCUCCGGCGCAGGCUAUAUUCACCACCGAAGCUAAAGCGCCAUGGACAAUAACUGCAGCAAAUGACCUGGCGUGUUUGGUAUUUGGCGUUGGGAGAGCAGAAGUCAGAAAAUUGGGUAUCAUGGAGGUCAUAAAAGAGGAUCGUCGAGGCUGGCUGGAAGAAAAGUUGAAGAAUCCAGAUUCGGGAACAGUCCCGAAGCAAGCAAAGCUUCAAGUCCCUUCACCUGGUAAGGCCACUCCAAGUAACAGUCUUGCGGCAAUGGGUAAUGGCAUUACAGCCAAACUUCUAUCAAAGCCUCCUUCCAGGCAGCAGCCUCGACGGGCCAAGACGUCCAACGGGACAUCAGCACCCACCAAAGGCAAUUAUCAUCCUGCCAACAAAAGCAGGGGCGUUUUACUCUGCGGCGAUGUUGUUCCCAUCCAGAAAAUGAAUGGCUCCACAGGCAGUGCCUCACUAUGGGUCAAGGAGAAAGGCAAUAACCUCAUUUGGGUUCUGGAGGAAAUAGCAGAAGACGUGGCCAUGCUCACUGUGGACGAAAUCGGACUUGUCCUCCGUGGAAGCGGCGAUUUGGAGGCCAUCUUUGGGCUAGACCGAGUGCGAAACGGAAUGGACGUGACACGCCUCAUACCGGCUUGGCCGAAGGUGGCUGGCACAAAUACCGGCGCCAUCGACUACGACGCCAUUGCGCGAGUACGGAGGUUCACGGCCCGAACGAGCAACUCGAUCAAUAUUCCUGUGACUAUCGAUCAACAGCCGAGCGAGAAUGUGUUCCGCAUUUCUAGUUUCCCUCACAUUGCGGGAAUAAUUGUGGUCAACCCGCAGACGAUGCGAGUGAGCAGCUCGAACACCGUCUUCUCUGCGGCGCUCUUUGGUCACGCCAGCCCAGAUGGGCUACCGAUCAAUGAACUUAUUCCUGGCUUCGACAAGACCCUUCGUGUAAUGACUGACGAGGAUCAAAUUGCUUUGGUCGACGGGAUUGUGAUACCAGAACAUAGUUUUAGGAGAGCCCGCGCUUUGCUCGCCCUGAGAGAAGGCUCAGCGGAUGCCGCCGCAAUUUUCCUACGCCCAAGUGGCCUGCCCGCAAAACACAGAGACGGUGCUGAGAUCAUGAUUGAUGUGCAGAUGCGGGUCGUGAAGUCAGACCGGGACCCCAUUUACAAUGAAACAGUCGUGGAAGACGAAAGCACUCCAUCAUUCCAUGGUAGCGAGGUUGUGUAUGCCCUCUGGAUUACUUACAGUCGACAGCUCCAUGCUGUGAAUCACGGUACAGGUCCUGUUACGGCGGUUUUGAGUCGGCCCGGCACUCCACCACGCCAGCCAGCGCCAGGCCUGGGACAACUUGAGGAUGAAGUGGCUUCCAGUCCAGCGGCUGGGCAGGACACGAGUCAGAAAGUGGAAACUUCAGCUGCUGUAGCAGUUGACGACAACAAAAGCGCCACUUUAAACGGGACCGAUGCUUCCGAGCCGUAUGAACAUCCCUCGCCUGACCUUAUCGAAGCGGGCGUGAAACUCAUAUCAAAGAAACGCAUCGACGAUUUCACCAUACUUGAGGAGAUGGGCCAGGGUGCAUAUGGGCAGGUCAAGCUCGCACGUUACAAGAAGCCUGCAGCGAAAAAGAUGGUCAUCAAAUAUGUUACCAAGCGACGCAUUCUCGUCGACACAUGGCACAGAGAUCGGAGACUUGGGACGGUGCCAUUGGAAAUCCAUGUACUGGACUAUCUGCGAAAGGAAGGGAUGCAGCAUCCGAACAUUGUUGAGAUGGCCGACUUCUUCGAGGACGACAUCAAUUACUAUAUCGAGAUGGUACCUCACGGGCUGCCAGGAAUGGAUCUUUUUGACUACAUUGAAUUGCGGGUAACGAUGGAAGAGAGAGAAUGCCGGAAAAUCUUCAAGCAAGUCGCCGAGGCCCUGCGCCAUUUACAUAUCAACGCCAAGGUGGUGCACCGGGACAUCAAGGAUGAGAACGUCAUCUUGGACGGCGAGGGCAGCGUUAAACUCGUGGACUUUGGCAGUGCCGCUUACAUCAAAUCAGGUCCAUUUGAUGUCUUUGUUGGCACGAUAGAUUACGCGGCUCCUGAAGUCCUACGUGGUCUGCCGUACAGAGGCAAAGAGCAGGAUGUCUGGGCGUUGGGGAUUCUCCUGUAUACCAUCGUGUACAAGGAGAACCCAUUCUAUAGCAUCGACGAGAUCAUGGAUCAUGACCUGCGAGUGCCGUACGUGAUGAGUGAAGACUGCAUUGAUCUCAUUCGCAAAAUGCUGGACCGGGACGUGGAGCGACGAAUUGGAAUACAAGCUGUUCUAGAUCACCCAUGGUGUCUGGUUGUGGACGACUCGGACGACGAGGUUGAGAGGGCGAAGUCACCAGCAAUCGCUACCCCACAGGCGGCAUGAUGGACGGCAUGACGAAAAUGUGGCCCGGAAAAGCAGAACGAGGGUUGAUCCUCUAUUAUUGACAUUAUUUGAUAUUUGCAUGGCGACGGUCGUUUCGAGGGACACAACAUGAUAGAUUGAUCCGAUCAUGCGCUCAAGGUGGUGAACGGCUGGAUUUACGACGUCCUUUUCUGAUAGAUACCCGAGCGGACGGAGGGAACGGCAUAAAAGGCAAUGCAGAUAGAGCCAGAUGGUGAUUGAGAUACAUCGUUGUCGUAUGUAUGGCGGGGGCAGCCGCCGGCAUGUGUGUACAGAGAUACCACAGCACAAUAAAAGUGAGAAGAACACAAAUUGGUAAUGUGAAAUCGUCUUGGG